UUUCAUAUCUGAGGAGGAACGUGUUGACGGUUUCCCCAAGCCCAGAAGAAAAGACGUCAUAAUGAAGCAGUCUGUGUUCCUGAUGUGUCUGUUGGCCACAACCUUUGCUGCCCCUGUACCAGACAGUGAAAGCAGUGAGCAGGUUUCGGCUCAUGCUAAUGAGGCCCUGAGGUUGAUGGAGAUAUACCGGCUCUACCAGCAGUCGGGAUUAGCUGGAAACCCUUUCGUUCCUGCAGCCAACGCUCCUUCUCGCCCGGUCGUUUCAGCAGUGGUGGCUCCGGCUCCUCUUCAAGCAGAAGAAGUUUCAGAUGAGGAGACGGAGGAUGGAGACUCUAAAGCUGCAGCCCCCGCUGCUCCCGGGGCUCCCUUGAACUCAGACGAGGAAGAGGAGGUUGAAGAGGUGGAGGCGGCAGAGGCUGAGCCAGCUGUGGUGGAAGCAGCACCAGCAGAACCUACAGUGGGCCCUGCAGCAGAACCUGGAGUGGCUCUGGAGCCAGCUGUGGUCGACGUCCCUGCAGAUGUCGCACCAGUAGAUGGCGCUGCUGUGAACGUGCCUCCUGUUGACAUUGUGCCUGUUGACAGCGCCACCUCUGCCCCUGAAGUGGCUGCUGAUGUAGCCAGCCCUGCUGCAGAUGCUGGUGCAGUCAUAACAGGAGGGGCCGACAUUCCUGCCCUGUAGUUUGUUCUUACCAGACCCUCCAGUACUCCUCAGUCUGCAAGAAAUUAAAGUUUAAUACAUCCAUUGGUCAUGUAAUUGUGGCCAACAUUAGAUGAAACGAAAGCCACAGCAAAAAAUAAUCAAGUAAAUGUGCAUGUUUACAGAUUAUAAUUGAUUACCUUGUCCUCAAUAGUAGGAUUUUUCCCCCACAUUUUUUUUACUGGAAUGUCUUGACUAAUUUGUUGUUUUUAUAGCUUUUUGUUUUUGUAAUAUAAGCCAAUAUGCCAAGAUAUUGAAUAACCAUGUGAAUGUAAUCAUACCUGUGAGA